AUGAUUAAUAAUAAUCUUUUCGAUGUAAGUAGAUUUGUUAUUGAUUGUUGGAUUAUUGAUUCUCAAACAAUGAAUCCAUUAAUCAGUUCCAAUUCACCCAUCUCUACUUUGAUAUCGGCAUCUUCACAGUUGGAGAGUCUACCUCUACUCAUUCGUAGACUACCAAUUGCUUUGUUAUCAAAUUUACAAGCAGCUGCCAUAUCUGAUAAUGUUGUCACUACUCUAUUUGCUUGCAUCAAACAACUUGAACUUGAUGAUGAAAAGAAGAACAAGUUGGCCAUUACAUAUGUACCUACAGGCACUAGUUUAUUUAGUGGUAAAGAUUAUGACUAUCAUAGUAGUAAUGAUAGUAAUGGUUUAGAAUCAACCAUUGAUAUAAUUAAAUCAGCUACCACAUCAUCCUCUUCUUCUUCCCUAUCAUCAUCCACUUCAUCCCUUUUAUCGUCGACGUCAUAUCAAGAAUUAGAAUUACCAAAACAAAUAUCAAGUCUAGUAGAUAUUGACAGAUCAUCAUUACAAUGGAUUAGAGUUCAACCAUCUGAUAGUGUUUGUUCAACCGUUUCAUUGUAUUCAACCGAGAAUGAAUUAUUACAUUCCCUACCUGCACUAUUGGCUUUUACCAAUCAUAGUAAUAAUCUAAACAUUGUAACCAUAUUUAAAAAGUCGACAACAACCUCUACAUCCCCAACUUCAUCAUUAAACCAACAACAAGAAAAUAUAAAGAAAUUGGGAUCACCUUUAUGUAUUAUAUAUAAUAAUCAAUUACAACAACAUCAACAAUCAAUUGUUGGAAAAGAAGAAAGAAUUGUUAAUCAAAUUAAUAAUAAUAAUCAAUUGAUUAUUAAUUCAAUAUCAUUUGAUAUUAAUCAAUUAUUAUCUAUUUUUAAAAUUGAUACAAAUGAAUCAAAAAACAUUGAAAUUAUAGAAAAUGAUAAAAAGAUUAUACUUUUAAUAGAGGAUUCAAUUGUUGGAGUGAUUGGAGUUAAACAAUUAGAUUGUAAUUCCAUUGUAUUAUAUGCCGAAAGAAAGUUUACCAUUUCAAAAUACCAAAAACUAGUACCUGAACAAAGAUUAAUUAAAAUGGUUGAUAAAUGGAUAUUCACACUUGACAAGGAAAAUUCAAUCAUUUCUAUUUUUAGUGUAUCUGGUAGGCAAAGAGCUUUAAUCAAUUUAAAAGAUUAUUUAAUUCAAAAUAAUAAUAAUAUUGAUUUAAAUGAUAUUAAAUUUAAUGAUUUUUCAAUAUCAAGUGAUAAAUCAACACUUGUUAUUAAAGAUGAAAAUGAUAGAAUUUAUAUGAUCAUGUUGGAUUAUUAUUUCCAAACUACAAGUCAACCUAUAUUCUCUUCAAGUCAUAUGGUGGAAUUUAAAGAUAAAUCAACAACAAACCAAGAAGAAGAGGAACAAGAAGAAGAAGAGGAGGAAGAAGAAGAGGAAAAAGACCAAGAAGAAUCAUCUGAAUCUUUAUCAGAUUCUGAAGAUUCUAUUAUUUCAUCAGAUUUGGAUGAUUCAUCAGAUGAUGAUUUAUUUUUAAUGCAUUGGUUUGAAACCAAAGGUAGUGGACGUUUACUAAAAGAUACUCAAAAGGAAUUUGAUAGUGUUAUAUCAUGGUUACCAAAUCGUUCAAUCAACUAUCCAACCAAUGGUUUUAAAGUAAACAAGAACCAAACUAAAACAAUGUCUAGAGAAAACUCUUUUAAUUCAAUGAUUAGAUCUUCAUCUUUUGCUGAUCUUUUACAACAACAACAGCAACAACAAUUUAAUAAUGAAGAUGGUCAACUUCAACAACAACAACAACAAUUAAAUCAAUCACAAUCAAUUCAAUCUUCUACUUCUUUAUUUAACUAUAAAUCAAAUAGAGAAGAUCAAUUAAAACUUUGGGGUACAACGAUAGAUUAUCAAAUUGAAAAGAGAUUGGAUAUUUUAUCAAGUAACUUUUUGAUUACACCACGUGUAAUUAUUUAUCAAAGAAGUUUAAAGGAAAAGAGUGAAAUUUAUCUUUUCGAUAGAAAUGAUCCAGUAAAGAAACAAUUUUACCAUUCCAUCCCAGAAAAGAUUACACGUGUAUUUUAUGGAAAAGAUCAAAAUUUAUUCUAUCUCUGCUCGUCUGGAUUGAAUAUACUUUUGGUUGAUCAAAAUCAACAACAACUUUUAAACAAUCUCAUCAUGUUUGAAGGAAGUAAUAGUGCCAAUCAUUUGUGUGAUUUGAAUGGAUGGAACAAGAGAGAUUUAAAGAUUCAUGCACUUCACCUCGGUCUAAAGUAUCGUCAAUUGGAAGUGGUAGAACCAGCACUCAAAUCAUUGGACCACGAUCAACAAUUGGCAGGAUCUCGAUUAUUGGUACAUACUAUAUUGGAAAACACUGCAGUAUCUUCCAAUGCCAACGUUCACAAUGAAUCUUUUACAACCGAACUACUUCACAUUGGUAUGAAUUUUAUUGGUUUAAUUAUAAAGGAUCGUGCCUCUAAAUUGGAUGAUCAAAAGAAUCAAGGAGGUAUUUCAACUUUUAAUUGGACUGAAACAUUGACUACACCACUUUUACCAGCAACUGCAGUUAAUGCUUCAUCUACACCAAAUACCAACAUUCUUCUUUCCAUCUUGUCACCUUCACAACAACCUACUUUACUUGCUUUGCAAGAUGAAAAUUCAAAAAAUUCUCCUAUUCACGAUCUCUUACAUUUUACAACUAUAUUGGAAGCAUUUAGAAUGUUUCAAUGGCAACAACAAGUUGAUAAAUCUCAAGAUAAUCUUUAUCAACAACAAUAUCAACAACAACAACAACAACAAACAGUACAACUUUAUGAUUCAGUUAAUGAUCAAAUUACAGAUUUGGAAAUUGGUAAUUUAUUUUUCAAAGAUGUUAAAGAUCGUUGGUCAAAGAUGGAAGAACUUCAAAUUAUCAAGGAAUCUUUAAAUAAUAAUACAAUUACAACUGCUCUAUCUUUUAUUAAUUGGAAACGUGAAAAAAACAAACAACAAGAAAUAACAAAUAAUCAACAAGAUGAUGAAGAUGAUGAUAUUAUAUCAUUAAAGGGAAAGAUGUUUACAUUGGAAGAUUUUAAAAGAAUAGCAGUUUGUUUUAUUUAUCAAACUAUUAGUCAAGAAGAAAUGGAUAUGACUAUAAAAUUGUUAAAUAACCUUGGAUUAUCGGUGAUUGAAAAUUUAAAACAAAUUACUUUGACCACCUCGAGAAGAAAUAUUCGUAAACUUGGUUUGGAUACACUUGGACAGAGCGGUGGUAAUCGAUUCUAUGAUAGAGAUUUGAUUGAAUUUUCAAAUCUUUUAGAAAGAUUAUAUCCAAAUCCAUCCUAUUUUAGAGAAUAUUCAAAAUUAUCAUUUAAAUGGAGACCAAUGAUGGAAACUCGUCAACCAUUAUUAUUUAAUCAAUUGUUAAAUUAUCAAAAUAAUAAUAAUAUUUUGAUUGAAGAGGAAAGAUUAAAAUCAACAUGUCAAGAAGUUGAUGAUCUUUUAGCCAAGACUCAAGAUUUGUAUGGAUUUCAAAUUCUAAAUCAUAAUAUAAAUAAUAGUAAUAAUGCAACAUUGAAUAUUUAUAAUUCUGGUCUAUUGGGAUCGAUGCCAACCGUUGGAAAUAAUAAUAAUCUAUUAAAUAAUAUUAAUAAUAGUAAUAAUAAUGAUCGUAUUAUUAUUAAUCCACCAAAUAUUCAACAACAAAUGGUAAAUGAUCAUCAUUCAAUGUCAUAUGAUGGAUAUAGUCAUUUUACAUUGGAAUGGUUAAAGAAAUGGUCAAAUAUUACAAGAGAAAGAAUUUUAUUGGAAAAGAAUCAUCAGUUGAAUGAAAGAGACGUUGUAGCUCAAUUCCUCUACUUUGCAAGUCACGUCAAGAUUGAACCAUUAUUACAACUUAUUGAUCAUCUUGAAGGUGAUCAAUUACAACAAAUCAUCAAAGUAUUGAAACAAAUGAUUAAAUUGUUACCAAACUUUUUAAGAGAAAUCAUUUUAUCAAGAUUCCUCAUUAGACAUCACAUUGUUUUGGUAGAAUGUGAAUCUAGUGGACUCUUUUAUCUAGAAUCAAAACAUCAAGACAAGGAAAAUAAUUUACGUAUCCUUUAUCGUUUGGCAACUACAAAUCAAUUAUUUAAUCGCGACCUAAGAGGUGAUAUAAUGGUUAAAUUUCAUCCAUUUUUUAUUCAAUUUUGUAUUGAAAAUAAUCUGACUCUAUUAUUAUCAAGUUAUUUGGAAUUUUAUGAUUUGGAAAAAAAUCAAAAAAAUAGAUCAGAACAAGAUCGAUUAUUAAAAUUGCCAUUACCAAUUCAAUUACUUUUCCUACUUCGAAGUCAUCGUAUCGAAGAUUUGGUAGAAUCAAAUUUAAUCAACAAUUCAAUGGUACUUGGUAAAAAUCUUGGUUUGGUUAGAGAUUUGGAUCAAUUUACAUUGAUGAUUAAUCAUUCAAUUGAUCAAAAUCGUCCAUUAUUGGCUUUAUCAUCAAUUCUUUAUUCCCCAAUUCAAUUUAAAAAUCUAAAUCACCUAAAUCAAAGAUUAUUUAAUCAAUUGGAAAUUGAUUAUCCUUUUUUAAAAACUUCAUUAUCACCUAAAAAUCCCAAUAAUAAUAAUAAUAUGAAUAGAAGAGAUAUAAUAUCAAAUCAAAAUGAUAUUUCAUUAUUUGAAUUGAUAAAUAACAAUUCAUUAUUUAAUAUUCAGAAUCUAUUGAAUAAUAGUAAAUUGGAAUUAUUAUCAAAUCAAUCAUUUAGAGAAGGUUAUAUUGACAAGAUUGAUAUAUUUUAUUAUCUUGAUCAUGGUAGACCUUUUACUGCUUUUAAAGUUUUCAAUCAACAAAAGCAAAAACAAAAAGAUCUUGGAGAAUAUUCAAAUAUUCUAAUUGGUUGGUUAAUUAGACAAUUUAUCAUUUCUCAAAAAUUACAAAAUCAAAAAACAAUUGUCGCAAGUUUGGAAUUUUUGGAUUUAUUGGGUUUAUCAAGAUUCUCUACCAUUUUACGUUGUGACUUAAAUAUCCUUCAACAACUCCAAUCAUCAAAUGAAUUGAUUGAAUUAUUUUUAUCAAUUUAUCAAUAUCCAAGUUCAAUGAUCAACAACAAUUUUAAUUCAAUUGCGAUUCAAAAAAUAAUUCAAUUGUUUUUUGAAACUUUAUCAAUGGAUGAACCAUUGAUAGUUGGUGAAACAUUACAAUGGCAAUUGUUGUCCAAGUUUUGUGAUGCUCAUGGUGUAGAAAAACAAACGAAACAUUUGGAAUAUUUGGCUUUUAAAAAUAAUUGGAUUCGUUUUAUUUUUGAAAUUCAAUCUCAAUCAUUUGAAUUACAACAAGUCGAGAAAAUCAUUCAAUUAUUUGGCAAUGAUGAUAUUAGAAAUCAUUUAAUUAUUAUUUUCCAACAAAUUCAAAAAACUAGAGACAAUAAUGAAUUGAAAAGUCAAGAUGAUUCUAUAUUUAAUUAUUUAAUAGAAUCUAUCGAUAGUAAUAGUGGUAAAGAAUAUUUAUUAAAUCAAUCAAUUAAUGAUAAUAGACCUUUAUUAUCAAUUUUGGCAAAUUCUAUUGAUAGUAAUGAAAAUAUUUCAACUAUUCAAUGUUUUAUCAUUUGGUUAAACAGAGAAAUUAAUAAUAUUAAUAACAAUAAUAAUAAUAAUGAUUAUUCAAUUGAAAACAUUAUAAUUUUACAAGGAUUUAAAAUAUUUUAUCCAAAUUGUAUAUUAUUUAAUUUCUUGACAUUUAUAUUACAAUUUCAACAAUAUAGAUUUGAAGAAUCAGAGCAAAGUCUAUUAUUAUUUAUUCGAGAUUUGGAAAAUGAUCAAAUUCAAUCCAAUUUUCCAAUAGAAAAGUCUUUGGUUAAAAAACAAUCAAUUCAUAUUUGUGAAAAAAUCCUAGAUGUACUAUCAAUUUAUGAAAGAGAACAUUUUUUGGAAAUACUAUCAAGAUCAAAUCUGGAUGAAAACUUUUCAACAUUAUUUUCAACCUUUUCAUUAUUGAAACGUAAUCAACAACAACAAUCAUUUGAAUUUAAUGUAAAUCCAAAAUUAAUUGUUGAACAAUUAUUGACCAAAUCAAUGUUUGAAGAAGCAAGACAAUAUAGUAUGGAAAAUCAUUUGGACAAGGAUGUGGUUACCAUUGCAGAAGUGGAAUCUUUGGUCAAUCAUUACAAACAAGGUUGUUUAUGGGAGAUUGAACAAGAACGUAUUAAUCUUUGGAAAAAAUGUCAACAUUAUUUUACAUUGUAUCAAACUGAACCACAAGUUGCAGGAAACUUUUAUUAUAGUCAUGCUAUUAAACUUUUCAAUUCAAAUGAAAAGGUUUAUCUGUUAUCUCUGACUAUAGAAUGGUUUGAAAAAAUGAAUAUUCAAAAUGAUCAAGAAUUUAAAUUAUUAUUGGAAGAUUUGAAAAAACAAAUCUUAUUAAUUUCUGUUGGUCUAUCUUUGGAAAAUGAUAAAAAACAGAACAGUAGUAAUAAUAAUAAUAAUAAUGGUAAUUUAUUAUAUUCAAAUUCAAAUUCAAAUUCAAAUUCAGUUUCACCACUUUCUUCACCAUUUAAACCACCAAAUGGAACAAGUACAUUAAACUAUAGUACAAAUAAUUAUUUCCGUUCUCCAUCUUCUUCUCUUUCUUCUUCUCCAACUGAAUCUUUUAAUUUUAAUAAUUUUUCUUCUCCUUUUAAACCAAGAAAUAUAAAUAAUAUUAAUAAUAAUAAUAAUAAUAAUAGAGAAGAAUCAAUUAUAGAAAAUAAUUAUUUAUCAUCACAUCCAUUAAAUAAUUUAAAAGAAGAAAAGGAUAAUAAUUUUUCAAAUCCAAAAGGAUUAGAUAAUGUAUUGGCAAAAUUAUUAAAUAAUGGAAAUUACUCGCAAGCAAUGGAAAUAUCAAAACAAUUUAAUUUUAAAUCUAUAGAUUAUGAAAUUAUAUUUUUCAUGUUGUCUGUAGCCAGUAAAAAAAUUGCACCUUUACCAACUUUUAUACCAUCAAAUAUUUUAACCAUUGUACAACAAAAUUUUAAUGGUAUUAAAUGGUUAAAUGAACUUCAACAACAACAACAACAACAACAACUGUCAAUGUCCCAAAACCUUUCAGAUAAUAGUUUAAUUUUAAAUCUUUUGGAUAUAUUAUGUAGUUGUUGUCAAACUACAACUUCGGCAGCAAAAACGAUUAUAACAAAAUUCAAUGUUUGUCAAACAUUGUUUAUGGAUUUUAAUGAUCCUCAAUUGGAUAAUCAUUAUGAUAUUUUAAAUUUAUUAUUACUUUCAGGUGGUAAAGAUAGUUUUAGAUUGGUAAAACAAUUUAUCAUUUUAAAUCAUUUAAAUUUUUCAAUAGUCAAUCAACAAUUGGUAGAUUUAUUUUUAAAAUCUCUUAAUCAAAAUAACAAUCAAAGUAAUUGGUCAUUAUCUUCUUCAUCCAACUCCAACUCUUUUGAUUCAAAGAUUGAUAUAAAUUGGACAUCUGAAGAAUUUCAUGAAUAUAUUAGAUUAGGUAAAGAUCCUUUUACCUUUGGUAUGAAAUUAUUGGAAUCUUUAGAUAUCGAUGUUGAAAAGUAUCAAUCAACCAAUUCACCAAUCAUUUCUGGUGAAAAUUCCUCUUCCUCUUCAUCCUCUUCAGAUGCAAUUUCAGUAGAAAUAUUUAUUAGAGCUCAUUUUUGUUUUGUAAUUGGAUGUAGUGUAGAUGGAACGAUAAUGGUAUUAAAUAUUGUAAAGAGUCGUAUACAAUAUUAUGCUAGCAAGGGAGAAUAUAAAUUAUUGGUUCGUUUGGUUACUGGUAUGCAAUCUUAUAAUGAAUUGCAAGGUAUUUUGGAUAUCCUAUUACAACAUGAUCAAUUUGAAUUGUUGUUGCGUAAAAAGAUUCAUCAACAUGAAGAUCAUAAUGGACUUAAAUUGGCAUUACAUAGUUAUUUACUCAAAAAACAACCACUCUAUCAAGAGAAAUUGGAAAUGCUCUUUUUACGUUUUAAAAUGUAUCGUGAAAUUGCAGCCUCUCAUGAACACAAGGCAAAACAAUUAUUGGAAAGUCUCAAUAUUCCUCCUAGUAAGGAACUGUCAAAACCAUCAUCUCCUAUUGCUCAACAAUAUAUUAAAGAUCUUUUAAAUAUAAUGAGAGAAUUUAUGGAUGCUUCAGACAAUUAUGCAAAAGAACGUAGUAACAAGACAUCACAGGUAUGCGUGUCGAUGGGUAUUUUGGUUGCUGCUCAAAUUAAAAAUUUGGAUAUUCGUAUACUCAAUUUAAAACAAUCAGAUGCUCGUCUAUUAAUGCAAUCUCGUGGAAACUUUAGAGAUGGCCUAAUCAUUGCAAAUGCCUAUAAUUUAAAUAAUUAUACAGAAUGGUUAAAUGUUAUUUUUAAUCAAUUUUUGGUUCUCGCAAAUUUUAAUUAUCUUUCAGAUUAUUUAAAUAAUUUCUCAAGUAACAUUAAUUUAUAUCAUGAUUUAAUUAAAAAGUAUAAAUCAAAUUCACCAGAAAAUCAAAUAUUGAUAAAAUCUGUAAAAGUUUUAAAUGUUAAACAUUUAUUAAAUCAUUUUGUUUUGGAUCGUACUAUGCGUUAUGAAUUGGCUAUGAUUUGUCAAUUUGAUGAUAUCGUUCAGUCAAAUAAAUCUCUAGUUAAAUAA